UUUCCUUUCCCUCUUUUGUGCAAAAAGUGAUUUGCUAACUUCUAAGUCGGGGAACUUCAAGCAGUUGGCUAACUCGUAAAACUUCGGAAAUAAAUCUCGGUGUUAGAAAUGAUAAUUUUUUGUUGUUUAUAAAUUAUAUGUGGUGAGACAAGAAUGCGUCACCAGAUAUAGUUGGAUGUUAUAUAUCUAUUAGGAUUUUCCUUAGCUGUAUAUAAGUAAUCUGGAACAUUUAUUAUGAAUAACUUCUAAAUUUUACGACAAGUUUACUGUGGACAUUAAAAAUCUGAUUUGAAUCAAGACCUUUUCAAUGUGCUUUCAAGGUGCUUGUACCAAACUUAAUGCAGAUUUAAAAGACAUGGGAUAUCUGUUUCCAUGUAAUGAAAAAUUGACAUCAUCAAAUAUGGAAGCAAAGGAGAAUCCCAAUAAAAAAAUUCGUCUUGACUUACCUGAUAAAUCUGGAAAUCUUGCAAAUGAUGACCUAUGGGGCCAAGAUGAUAUAACUGCUGAUGAAUUUGAUUUACUUGAAAGUCAAGCUACCCAGACUCAUAGUAAAGCAUCUUGUAAUUUAAAUUCUUAUCAGUGUCAUGAAAUUCAUAAAAGCUUUGACAGUAAUAAAAAUGAAUUAGAAAAUGUGAAAUUACAACAAUAUGAAUUGGAAGGUAGAAUAAAAUUACUCAGCCAGACGCUGGAAAAAACUUCAAAAGCAUUGCAGGAUGAAAGGCUGAACAGGGAUAAAAUAGUUGCUGAAAAAUUGGAAGAAUGUCAUAAAAGAGAAAAAGUUUUACAGAAUGAAAUAGAAAAAAUGCAAAGCAUUUUGCAGUUUAAGGAACAGGAAAUGAAAAGUGUGUACAACAAAGCUCAUGUACUAGAAUCUCACGUAGAGGAGAAAUACUGUAACCAGCCUGAAAUGCCAAGCAAAUUUCUUGAAAGAUUUCAAUUUCAAAACAUUCCGUGUAAAACUAGAGUUACAAGGCAUCAAAGGAAGUAUAAGUUGCAAGUAGAAACACCAAGAGGUGAUACCCAAGGUAUUGAUAUAAUGUCAUCAAUUUUAUGUAACAGGCUAAAUCUAGUUCAGCAUCCAUACACAAUUCCAGCAAUUUCAAACCACUUUUUUGAUAGCUUUGUAUGCAUGAAUAUUUCAUUGUCUGCUGUGUCAAUGGUGAGAUUAAAAUCUGAGCAAGAAAUAGAAGAUUUGCUUGAAUAUUAUGAAUCUAUUUUGAAAGCAUAUGUAACUGAACUCCAGAACUGUGAUCUGAAAAGUAAGCUUGCAAAGUGUGGGAAAAUGUCACCAUUGUCUCUAAGGAAAACAGACUUAGACCAGAAGAAAGUAUCUGUGAUUUCAUGCUUAAGAGAUUUGACAUACUUAUUGUCAUGUUCACAGUCAUCUUUUUCUAGUCAAAAUUUAAGUACAAAAUUCCAUUUUGAAAAUGAAGAGACUGUGGUGCAAGAUACUGAAAAUGUACCAUGUUCCUCAUUAUUUGCCGAGGAAACAAAAAUAAACAGCCUUGAAAAUUCAACACAUUUGUUACUGAAGACUAUAAUUGCUCUAGCAAAUCCAGAUACUUAUCCUGUGAGUUUGUUGGAAGUUUAAGAGCUAUAAAGAAUCUGAAUCAACUCUGAGAUGUGGAUCGAUGGAGUUUUUCUUAGCCUAUAAUGCUUGCAUCAGAAUAUAUUAAUUGUCAAAUUAGCAGAAUAUUGCUAGAAACAUAUUAUGGGUUUAUUAUAGAUUAUUUAAAGAAAAUUCAUAAUAUAGAAUGAAUUAGAAAUUAGUUAUUAUUUACAAACAUGAAUAAAUACAGAGUUAGGCUGUAUGUCACUGCUAUAAAAUAACAGUCAUCAUGGUUAAUAUAGUUAUGAUUUUGUAAUGGAGCAUUUGUCCAUGUAACACUAAAUUGCUGUGAUGGAAUUAUUAGUUUCAAUAAGCAGAAUUACCAAUACUUCAUUCCAGAUGAUACACGGGAAUUUCAUCAAUACAAUCUCUCAGUUCCAAAGUGAAAGUAUGUAGAAUUUGACAACAUUCAGCCACAGUUCCUUAAAAACAGAUCACACAAAACAAUUACUUUGAUUGCUGAAUAGUAUAUGAUCAUAUUCAAAACAUAUUUUCAGGAUGCCAUGGGCACUUUGAAUUUUCACUGGCACUUUUAUUAAGGUACAGUUAAUACCCACAUAACUAAAAUGUCUUAAGAGUUUGAUAGAGAACCACUGAUGUUGCAUUGUGGGAACAUUAAUUGGCCAGACAGGCAUUUGAUUUAAUUUAAUCUGACUUUUUUUUUUUUUUUUUUUUUGCAAUUACUUGAGAGUAUAAGAAACAUAUUUGUUGUACCACUAUUAAUCCUUCCAUGGUUAGGUAUGUGUUUGAGAUACUUUCUUAGGUAAACAGAGAAAAGUAGCCUUAACAAUUGAAAGUUUAAAUAAAAAGAUUGAAUUUGGGAGUAUAUGCAGCAUUCUCAAAUGAUGUUUCAAUGUGCAAUGAUAUCUUGAACGCAUAAUACACUCUUUUGCACAAAAAUUGAAGCACCAAGAAGGACUUUUGCAAAUUUGGUAUGCAAAAACAUCUUGAUCGAACAUGCAAAUGAUCAAAGUUUCAAGGCAAAUAAACAGGAAUUGCGAUCAUAGCGCAUAUUUCUAGUGCGCGAUUCGCAAAGUGUAAGACCAGUAACAGAGGCGGAAAUUUUAUCUUUUUUUUAAGCCAUUUUAAUUCUGUAAAGAAGCAACUAAAGAUGCCAUUACAACGAUAUCGAAGACCUUACAGACAACUAAAUGACUUGGAACAUGGUCGCAUUGUAGGGUUGCGUGAAGCUGGGUGGUCAUAGUGAGCAAUAGGCUGUCACCUGCCGUGUAUAGACAACUGCUGUGCAAAGAUGUUGGCAGCAAUGGUUGUUACAAGGAAAUUGCGAAUGAAAUGAAGUCUCUGGAAAGCCAAGGAACAUAAAUGCGAGGCACGAUAGGAUGAUUGUUCGCCAGUCCUGCACCAUCCCACCGGUAUCAAUGUUGACUAUUCAACGCACUACAGCCACGUCUAUACCUCCCAUGGUACUGUCCACCAUCUCACGGUACUUGUUCUGAGGCGGGGUUACGCUCACAAAGGCCUUUACAGUGUUUGUCUUUGACCCCAUAACAUUGCCCGACUUGUGUGGAGUGGUGUUGCAGACUGGCAUCGUAUAAUGCCCAACGAUGAAUCCCGUUUCACUCUUGAAGCAGAUGAUUACCAUAUUCAUGUCUGGAGAAGAUGGUGCCAGCGUUCUCAAUCAGCCUUUGAUGAAUGCCUGGCAGAAUGUGGCACAGGAUGACGUUAAAAAACCUCUAACCACUCCUUGCCUCAACGAAUUCAAGUAUGCAUUGCUGCCAGUGGUGGUUCAACCAACUAUUAAUUUGAACACUCAGUGGAUGAUUGUGAGCUGUGACUAGGUACUAUGACCUUGAGUUUUUAAUCAUUUUAUUAUCUAUAUAUGAGCUAUACACAUAUUCAAUUUCAUCAAAAACAACCACUUCUUUCAUGGUGCUUCGAUUUUUUUUUUACAAAAAAGUGUAGAUUCUGCCACGUUGAAUGUGAUAAUACAUUCAUCUAGAGAAUGGUCUUUGCUCCUGUAUGAUAUACAAAGCAUGAUAAUAUAACAAAAGAGUUUCUGUAAUACAUAUUAUGUGAGGAAAUAAUUAUUUCUAUUUUUCGAUUGGUCCCCCUUCCAGAAACCUUCAAAUGUUCAUAAAAUAUACAACCAGUUGCUCUUUCUCAGUUGCCUUUUAUACUAUUUAAUUUGAAUUUAAAAAUUUGCAUUUGUAUAAUAUAGUAAGUGUAUACUUUUUGUGCUUCUGAAAUGCUUGUAUAUAUAAUUGGUGUAAUUUAUUUAAAUUCAUGUGGUGCAGUUCUGACGUUCUCUAGAAACUUUUGUACAAAAAAAAAAAAAAAAAAAAAAAAAAAAAAAAUGCUAGAUGGUUUCAGAAUUUGGUUACAAGAUUAAAAAUUGGAAAAUGGUAAAUUUUGAAUCCAUGAGCAAAUUUCUGGGGACUCUUAUUUAGAACUGUAUAAUGGAUGCAUUUCACUAGCAAAAUAUAUAGUGUGAAUUACAAAAAUAUUUGUUGGUGCAUAA